CCUUCCGCAACUCCUCUUCUUCCCUUCUCCUCUUCUCCCCCGGACCUUCGAAUCCACUCCAAACAAUCAAUCAAUCAACUCCCAUCAAUUACAAUCCCACUUCGCUCAUCCGCUCCAUCUCCAUCGCCAUGCUCUCCCGCGUCCCCCGGGCUCUUCGACCCUCAGCCAUCCGAUCUCUCCGCGUUGGCCGCAUCGCAGCUCCCGCAGCUGUCCACCCCCAGCCUCAAUCCACGCCCCUCCGUCGAGGCUUCCACGCCUCCCCUUCGAUCCGCAAGGGCCUCUACCCGGACUCCGCGGAUCCUCCUGCCCCGAACCCGCAGUCGAGCAAUGUCGCCGGCGCCGCCACCCACGUCACGGAGCCAUCGCCGUUGACAGACGGUCAGUAUCACGAGUAUGCCGAACAUUACCUGAACAUGCUCCAGACGGAGGUGGAGAACACUCAGGAGGAAGGAUCGGAGAUGGAGGCGGAAUAUAGCGCCGGCGUCCUCAACAUCGGUGUCCCCGGAGUAGGCACCUACGUCUUGAACAAGCAACCGCCCAACAAGCAGAUCUGGCUGAGCUCGCCGAUCUCCGGACCCAAGCGAUACGACUGGGUGGUGGAGGGCGACCAGAUGCACGAGAAGCAAGAGUCGAGACCUUUUGUCAACGGGCAAUGGGUUUACCUGCGCGACGGGUCGAACCUGACUGAUCUGUUGAACUCCGAGUUGACGCUGAAGAUUCCCAAGGAUGUCUACAGCGAGGAGUACUCAUAAGUCGGGAGUCAGGGUCUAUUCGCAUUUUGAUGACUGGUUGCCAGGCGAUGGAAUGCGACGAGGUGUCUUGAUCUAUCGGGAUUUAUGGAAACGAUUUCGAAGGUGGAAUAUGUAGGAUAUAGGAUGGGGGUCUUUGUGGUUCAAUUUUAUUGCGAGAAAGAGCAAGAGAAGUUCAUAAAUUUCGGCACCAGGGACUUUUUAGUCCUUCUGGAUGCGCAGAUAUCAUCAGAAGUAAAUGUUACAAUAAU